AUGUGUGAAGUUCAUGUGGGGUCAAACAGACAACCUGUCACCCUUAAGUUGGAGACUGAUACAUCUUUCUUCUGGGUGAUGGCGCCAGAUGUAAAGUGCUAUUCAUACCCCAAGCGGGACUUUUCUUUGUUCAAAAGAGAAGUUUCUGACAAGACUGCCAAUAGAGUUAGGUCUAAUAAAUUGGCUAAAAGAGAUGAAAUCCAGUACACCUCUUUUCAAACUAUUCCUUGGAGCGUCACGACUCUUCCUGAAUCUUGGACUACUUACCUUUAUGGAACGUCGUGGAGUUUGAGCUACAGUUAUUGGAGUUAUUUGUCAUACAGUGCCUCUUGGACCACUAGAACCUCUUGGAGAACUUCGUCUUGGAGAACCACCUAUUUAGGAGCAUCUACCAGAUAUGGUACCCAAUAUUCUACCAUAUAUAGUACCACCAGAUAUGGUACUACCAGAUAUGGUACCCAAUAUGCUACCGAUUAUACCACCCGCACUAAACCUACUGCUACAUACGGACCAAUUGUAAGUAGUUGUACCCAAUAUGGCACUUUUGCAACUGGUCAGUCGGAUACGUGGUGGAAAAACGAAUCAAGUUAUUACUUCCUCUCGUCACCGGAUGGAGAUUUCGUUUAUGGAGUAGAGGGAACAGACAGAGUGGAGUUCAAUGGAUAUAAUUUGACUGACGUUGGCAUGGGAGUUGUCAACUCCACUAACUAUCACCAAGGCACUCUAGGAUUAGGACUAUCUGAAGGGCAAUAUAACGACCAGGAGACUGUUCUCAUGCGUUUGAAGUCCCAGGGCAUUAUAAACAAACAGAUCUACUCGUUGUACAUGAAUGAGAAGGGAUCUACUGGCUCGGUACUUUUUGGAGCAGUAGACCAUGCUAAGUAUGAUGGCUCGCUUCAAACUAUUCCACUUAUUAACUUGAAGCCUUCGUACUUCGAUAAACCUGGUCAUUUCCAUGUUGUAUUGAGCGCCAUAUCUCAGGAAGGUGCAAAUUCCAAUCAGACUAUUACAGAUGUACAUUAUCCAGCACUACUUCGGUCUGGGUCCCCUCGUUCGUACUUUCCAUCAACAGUUCUAUACAAAAUAGCAACAAUGCUUGGCGGUGAGUACAGAGCACCAUGGUACGAGGUGAGUUGUCAGUACAGCACCCGAGAUUUGAAUCUUAUCUUCGAAUUCUCAGGUGCCAAAAUUAAGGUUCCCAUGUCUGAGUUUAUCCUUGAAUAUGCUGGAUCAUGCUUCAUUGAUGCGCUUGAGGCUGAUUAUAUUGAUUAUAUGAUCCUUGGGGAGAACUUUCUUCGCAGUGCUUAUGUUGUGUAUGACUUGGAAAGUUACGAGAUUCUGUUGGCACAAGCAGCAUAUUCGGAUGAAGAGAACAUCGAAGUUGAGGAGCAUUAUAGAGCAAUAUGGGAAAAGAGAGGAAGAAGUGCUCGUGCAGUUGUACAAAGAAGAACUGUACUACAGUUUAGAUAUUUAUGUCGGGUCAAAUAG